UUAAAGUGUGUGAUAUCAAAAAAAUCUUUCUGAUUCUUUUCAAUGUUAAUUUUUUAACGAUAUUUUAACAAAACAAAUUGGUGUUAUCAAUAAAAUUAUUGAAAUUAUUGUAAACUAUAAUUUGUCAUCAUAAAAUGCUUAAAAAAUACAUGAAAAUGUUUAUCAUCUUAUUUAGUUUAUUUAUUAAUUUUACAUCUGUUAACGGAUUUUUAACAAAAUUACGAAGUUGGGACGAUGUUUAUGGUUACAAUAAUAUAUGGAAUUCACCAGAGAAAAAAGAGUAUACACUAAAUGGAAAAAUUGAUCAUAAUAAUAAUAAUAAUAUUAAUAAAUCAGAACAAACUCAAUAUAAUAAAAAUAAACAGACAAAAUUGAAAAAUCAAGGUUUUGCUGAUAACUUAAUGCUAAUUGAUGGAGCAUCAAAAAAUGAAGGUACCGUAUUGGUUAAUCGACAUGGUAAAUGGGGCACAAUAUGUGAUGACAAUUGGACAUUAAAAGAAGCCAAUGUUAUAUGUCGUAUGUUAGGUUAUCCACAUGCAUUACAAGCUACAACAAGAGAUUAUUUCUUUUCUAAUAGCGAAUAUGAAUACUUACUGGAUGAUGUCUAUUGUAAAGGAAGUGAAUCUUACUUAAAUGAAUGUGUUUAUUGGACAGAACAUGAUUGUUUAAAACGAGAAGAAGCUGGUGUCAUUUGUCUUAAUCCUGAACCAAUCAAAUGGCAAUAUAAUGUUAAAAAUCCUCAGAUUGAAAAGCUGUCUCUUACUGAAAAUAAAAGGAUGAAAAAGCAAAUAUUUUGGUCUGAGUUGGAAACAUUCGACAACAGUGGUCUUUUUAUCGUAAAAGCUAGAGUUCCACAAGGUAAAAAUCGACGAAUGCUUAUUGGAGGUGUGUGUGUUGACCAGUUUCGUGGAGCUGAAGCAAAUUUAGCAUGUCGAAGCUUAGACUAUUCAUUCGCUUCCUCAUAUUCUUCCGUUCCACUGAAAAACGUCAAAACUUUCACCGUAUCGUAUCCGCUUGUACGAAUUGGGCAUUGUUUUGGAAAUGAGUCAAAAUUAGAAGAUUGUGUUGCUUUUGCUGAUCCAAACGGAGUACCAUGUUCAAAUAAGAGUUUAGGAAUAGCAGUAAACUGUACAACAGUUUUAGCUGAUUUGGAACCAGAUGUCAAAGCUUUAGAAUCUUCAGCUUACAGUAGUAUGAUUCCUUUAUUUCAAGCACAAUGUGCUUUAGAAGAAAAUUGUUUUCCACCGAGUGUUUAUAACUUAAUUAACAGAAAUCGACACUUGGCAUUGAUGCAUAUGCGUCGUUUACUGCGUUUUUCGUCAAUUAUACACAACGUUGGUACUGAUGUCUUUCGUCCAUAUGAACCACCUGAACGAUGGGUAUGGCAUGCAUGCCAUAUGCAUUAUCAUAGUAUGAAAGUAUUCUCUUAUUAUAAAGUUAUCAAUGCUAAACAACAAAUUAUGGCUGUUGGUCAUAAAGCUAGUUUUUGUUUAGAAGAUAAUGCUUGUAAAAAUGGAUAUAAAAAACAUUUCGUUUGUUCAACCACAUUGAUAACACGUGGUGAUCAAGGUAUUAGCCCUGGAUGCCAAGAUAAUUAUUUUCACGAUUAUGAUUGUCAGUGGUUAGAUAUCACUGAUUUAAUUCCGGGUGAAUAUACAUUUCAAUUGAUUUUAAAUCCAGAUUUUCUAGUACCUGAAAUUACUUACGAGAACAAUGCCAUUGAAUGCCGCCUAUCCAUAGGACAAACACAUCAUCAUUAUGCUGCAUUAUCAAAAUGCCAUUUAGUACAUCCAUAUGAUCUGUGAAAAUCCAUAAGUGUACACGGUUAUAUACAAAAUCAUGCCAGUUUUACUUUUUUUAAUCUGACUUUUACGUAUUACCUAUAUAAAUUAGUUAUCUUUGUUAUCAUGUAAUCACAUAUGACAAUAUUAAAUCACACACAAAGUAAUGAAUAACACAUGGUUGAUUACGUAUUGUGAACAUUUAUAUUCCGAGUAUACUGUUAAUAAAAUUAUAUCAACUGCUACA